AUGGUGAUGGCGUCGAGCAGCUUGCAAGACAACACCACGCUCCGCAUCUUGCGGGCAGCCGACAAAGGCAACUAUGGCGUCCUCGCCGCCGUCGGCUACAACCUAGAGCAAGUGCUCGGCUUCGUCCGCGCCGCAGAGCGCAAACGCUCGCCCCUCAUCAUCCAGCUCUUCCCCUGGGCAGUCGCCCACUCCGACGGCGUCCUCGUCCACGCCGCCGCCCAGGCCGCGCGCCAGGCCUCGGUCCCCGUCGCCGUGCACCUCGACCACUGCCAGGACGAGGCCAUGGUCCGGCGCGCGUGCGGGCUGCCCUUCGACUCCGUCAUGGUGGACAUGUCGCACCACGCCAAGGAGGAGAACCUGGCCAGGACGAGGGAGCUGGUCGCGUACUGCCACGCGCGCGGCAAGGCGGCCGAGGCGGAGCCGGGCAGGAUCGAGGGCGGCGAGGACGGCGUCUCGGACACGCUCGACUUGGAGGGCUUGAUGACGACGGCGGAGGAGGCGAGGGCGUUUGUGGACGCCGGGGUGGAUUUGCUGGCGCCGGCGUUUGGGAACGUCCAUGGGGAGUAUGGGCCGCGGGGGAUCGUCUUGGAUUUCCAGAGACUCAAGCAGGUCCACGAAAUCACCAGAGCCAGCAACGUCCUCAUUGCUCUGCAUGGCGUGACAGGCUUCUCUGAUGCUCUCCUUCAGCAACUUGUUAGGGCGGGAGUACGCAAGAUCAACGUCAACAAGGACAUCCUCGUGGGCUACUAUGCGGUGCUGGAGCAGAAGAUUAACAAGGCUCCGUUUACGCAGGUGGUGGACGAGGCGAUAGAACAGGUGGCAGAGGCCUUGGCGAGGCAGAUGGAUGCCGUGGGCUCAAGUGGCAAGGCGUAG